GCGGCAGACGGUGGAAAAACGCCCUGUUAGCCGAAUGUCUGCCAAUCCGGUACCGAACUCGUCAACUAGGACGGGAGCUGAUGCAAUGCCAGUUCCACCGCCUCAUGAGGAUUCAGACGACGUAUCUGUCACGAAUUCCGAAGUGGAGAGCGCGAUGAAUCACCAUCUAUUGAAAGAGGGCAUGCGCGCUCCGGCCUUUUCCGAGUCAGAAUUUACUGCACUCAGUUCGGUAGAUGCAUACCUCUGAGCAGCUCGAGACGGACUUGCCGGAGUCAUUCAGUUGUUCUCAAAGGACAUACAGGUAAAAAUUUAUGCAACUUGAAUAGUAAUAUGCCAGUAGCCCCCGAGACUUGAAGCGGUGAAGCAAACCGAUUUAAGGAUCGAUAAUAUCUGCAGGUUCUUAAAGAAAAGAACACUGCGCUAGCCUAGGAGCUGAAAACCAACCAGACGCAGCUGAAUGCUGUCACCGCCGAACUGGUAGAAAUGAAAAAGAUCGCAGUGGGCGCGUCUGGGGAUAAAAAUCAUGAGGGGAAGAAAAACAAACAAUCCGAAGAGAUGGAGAGCUUAAGGGCUCAGUUAUCGGCCGCGCAGAAAGAAAAUGAAAAACUGAAGGGCGGCAUGUUCGGCCUGUUGACUGGUCGACCGGAGGAAGAAGUAUCCGGAUUUCAAGGUGACGUGCUAAAGGAACUGUCCGCGGUACAUGCUCGGGCCCGAAAAGCCAUGAAGAGUAUGGUGAAGGCUUUAUGGCCAUCUGAUACCCCUCCAGAAAGUAUGGAGGGCUUGACAAACCUGUUCAAAGGUGCCCGGCGCCGGUUCGAGCUAUGGAACACAUCCGCCUGCCGUGAAGGCGCACGAGAAGCCUGGGCCAUGGUGAAGACAUGCUUCACCAAACUGGAUCCAAAUCAUAUGGCCCGAGUGGGACCACAAGGACCAAACGGGAAAGAAAUUCCAUUGAACUUGGUGUAUGACCAAGUAAUGAUAGCUGCGAAAUAUUCGCAGGAAGACUGUAGGUUAGACAGUCUUAUAGAUGGAAUAGAUAAGGAAUAG